AUGUCAGAUUUCACACAUGAGUUGCAACCAGCAGAGCCUAGUGGACCAAGUGUGCUCCAGAAGGAGCGCGACGGCUCUAGUAUCAAUGUUGAUCAGCUCGCCACGCAUCUGUUAUCCCGCAAUGACUUCCUCAAUCGCCAGAAGCGGAUAUUGGCCAUCAUCAAGGACAUUCCAUACUUUUGCAAGCGGAAUCAGCUGAACAUGGCCCGACCUGAUCGGUACCAUCUUGGUCUAGCCCGAGCCAAAACACUGAAACGCCUUUCCAUCCAGCACAAAUGGGACGAUGAGGACUACAAGAUGGCAGACUACCUGAUGGACGAGAUGGGGCCGUACGCACUUCAAUUCACCAUGUUCGCUACCUCGAUUCGCGAGCAGUGCAACGAGGAACAGAAGAAGCACUGGUUGCCUAAAUUGGACAGCUGGGAAAUUAUUGGCUGCUAUGGCCAGACAGAAUUAGGUCACGGCUCGAAUGUCAAGGGCAUAGAAUGCGAGGCGAGAUGGGAUCCAAGGUCAAAGCAAUUCACGAUUCACAGCCCAACUUUGACUGCUAGUAAGUGGUGGAACGGUGCUCUCGGGAGGACGGCAAACCAUGCCAUCGUUGUUGCCCAGUUGCUACUGCCUGACGCAAAGACUGGCCAGUAUAAAUCUCAUGGACCGCAUCAGUUCAUGGUGCAGAUACGGGACAUGAAAACGCAUAGGCCCUUGGAAGGAAUCGUUAUCGGUGACAUUGGUCCAAAGUACGGCUACACUGCAAUGGACAAUGGGUAUAUGCUGUUCAACAACUACAAGGUCCCACAUUCGGCUCUCUUGUCUCGCUAUUCUGGUGUCGACUCAGAGCACGGAACAUACAUCAAGCCAGAGAAUGCGGCGGUAGUCUACGGAUCGCUGACUUUUGUUCGAGCACAAAUCGUCAUGCAUGCUCGGUUAGUGCUGGCCCGGGCUGUCACUAUUGCAACGAGGUACCUGUCGAUCCGCCGACAAUUCGCAGAUCGCGACUCAAAGGACCCCAAUGCUGCGGAAGUGGCGGUCCUCAAUUAUCCCACCGUCCAGAUUCGUAUACUGCCUCUACUAGCGACUACGUUUGCUCUGCAUUAUACAGGCGAGGCUAUGUACAAACUCUACUACGGCACACGCCAGGAGAUCGAGCAAAGCGGAGACUUUACACGCCUGGCUGAGAUGCACGCAGCAUCUUCUGGACUCAAAUCACUAUCGACGAUGCUUGCUGCUGAUGGUAUCGAGACGUGCCGCCGAGCUAUGGGAGGGCAUGGCUUUGGUGGUGGCAGUGGUAUGAUCCCAUUGAACAACGACUACCUCUCGAAGCCUACAGUCGAGGGUGACAACUGGAUGAUCACCCAGCAGACAGCCAGCUAUCUGAUCAAGCGAAUGACACAAGUCAUCGGAAAGCCAAAUGAAGCGACUCGUGAGCCAGUUGAUGCCCAGUUCCGCAACUACAUCAAGUCAUCUCAGACCGCAGCAUCUGGCGCCAUCGAUAUUCUCUCAACCGAUGAAGCACUAGUCCUUGCCUUCCAACACCGGCUUAGCUACCUGUCACACCAGGUCUACAAGCAGCGUAUUGAGCAGAAAAAGCCAUGGACCGAGCUCAUGAUCUCCUUGCACAACCUCUCCCGCGCCCAUUCGCAACAACUUCUGGUCUCAAACUUCCACGACGCUGUCUUCAAAGCCACACCUGACCCACCACUUGAUUCUACCACACUCUCAGCCCUUCAGGACUGCUUCCGUCUCUUCUCGCUAUACACCCUCGACACCUGUGCCUCAGAAUUCCUCCUCUCCGGCGCCAUCUCCACAUCAACCCUCCAAGCUGUGCAGCCCCGCAUUCAAGCUCUAAUGAAGCAGAUCAGACCGCACGCGGUACGCCUGGUUGACGCGUGGAGCAUUCCAGACUAUCUGCUUGAAAGCAGUUUAGGAAGGUACGAUGGAGACGUGUACAACGACUUGUUCAGGAAGGCGCAUCUGGAGAAUCCGCUCAACCUGCAGACUUUCAAUCCGGAUUGGAAGACCGAGGAGAUCAUUAUGGGUGAAGGUGCAGAUGUUGCGAGGAGGAGACUGGAGACUUUGGCGCUGGGUGUUACGGGACAUGAGCAGAGGGGUGGGAGGGCGAAGCUUUAG